AUGUUCGUAACACGUGGUUACCUGUUGAUUACCAUACUGGCAGUCGCAUCAAGCGCCCCUAGAAGAGGACGCAGAUCAACGGUACCGGGCUGGCACUUACCGUGCGGCGUGGCAUUGGACACGGAACUGCCUUCGAUCUCGAGCCUCGACGAAGAGAUUGGAGCAAGCAUAGAGAGCCUCCGGCUUCAGCAUCGGUUAGCAAUGGACGAUUACUUGAACCGGGACUACGAGUACCUUUACGAAAGGGUACGGAUCGGUGUCCACGAGCACCAAUACAUCCCUAACUGGGUACCCGGCGAGAAGGACAUCAGCAUCGUCAGGAGACUCAACAAAGCCAAACCGCAAACGAUCGCUAACAAUUUUCCGAAAUUGCACAUGGACCUCCAGAAAUUCGCAGUUGCCUUCGAAGAAGUGAUAGAAGACGAAACGGACCCAAAGGUCUACGAAGCUCUCGAAGCUACACAGUCCUAUCUGAUGAUGAUGCUUUGCGAAGUGGAAAGCAACAUCGUUGCCCUUCCAUUUCUUCGUGUUCCAUCUCGAGUGGAAAGAAGCAUCAUGAGCAGGACCGAAAGACACCCCGUUGACGAUACUAGAAGAUUGGUUCGUGACUGGGGCGUGCUUCUCAAGUACAAAAAUUAUCUCCACGCUUGGAGGCAUGUUUUUAAUUUCUAAAUAAUCCUGUGCAACGAAACGACACUCGGAAGGUGAUAACGCGUGACAGCAUCGACGAAAAUGACGCUGAUUGAGUUGAACCCUGCAGUGGUUAUGCGGAUGACAUCAGUCGCUAUAGCGACGAAUAGUUUUCGACUAAUUUAGUGUUCCUUACGUGACAGUGUGCCUGAGCGGUGCAAUUUUUGCAAUUUCAAAAGUGAUGAUUAUUAUCCACAUGACCGCUGCAAAGUUAAACCUUGUUUGGAACACGGAGGCCACAGGGACCCCUGAUUACUUUCA